CACCAAUUGAAGUACCUGGGUACUUAAGUAGUGAGUACAGUGCAGCGCAAAGCAGGACUUUGGCCAGGGGCGAUCGGGCUCCCAGCCCAAGCCUCGGAAGGGAUAGACCUGGGUCAACGUCUGUAACUAAGCAGUUUGUGGAUUAACAGGUCAAUGUUUCACCCAUUGAAUACCUAGUACUAAAGACACAUAUCUUUCGCGAAAAAGCCGCGCAUGUCCAACAAUAAGCCGAAUAACUAUUUGCCCAGUUAUCAACCUCCAUCACCGACCAGCAAGUACACACCUCCUGGUCGUCUUGUCAUUUUAUUCCCCCUCUCUUGAACCCUCAUUUCGUGGGCAGCACUACUCUUCAGUCUGCAAAGAUGGCGGCAACAUUUCUCAUCACCGGAGCCAGCGGCUUGAUUGGAUUCCGCAUCCUCCUCACUGCACUUGCCUCUGGCCACAACGUGCGCUACACCGUUCGAUCUGAAGAGAAGGCCAAGGUGGUCUCCGAGAACCCUGCCGUCAAGAAACUUGGCGCAGGUGACCGUCUGGUGCCCCUUGUCAUCCCGGACCUCGCCGUUGAUGGUGCUUUGGACAGUGCUGUGCAGGGAGUGACACACAUCAUCCAUGUCGGCUCGCCCGUGCCGGUACCAACCUUUGACCCUGUUACUCAGAUCUAUGAGCCUACUGUCCGGAUGUCGGCGGGCAUACUACAGUCUGCCCUCAAGUCACCCAGCGUACGCCGCGUUGUCAUCACCUCAUCCAUUGUUGCCAACCUCAACCCUUCGCCAGAGGCAUCGGCAGCGGUUGCAUCUGCCUCAACACGUGUACCGCCGCCAAGCCCGGUCCCCAAGACGUUUGACAAUGUCAUGGAGGCCUAUGUAGUCGGCAAGCUGGUUGAGAUGCGAGACACGGACAAUUUCGCCAAGGACCAGGCCAAGAGUCCACACUUCACCAUCUCGCAUGUUGUACCUGGCUAUGUGUUUGGUCGCAACGAGCUCGCGCUUGAUACCGGCAUGAUGCAGACCCAAAAUAGCUCCAACAACUUCCUGAUGGUUGGCCUCCUGGGUGGCGAGCUGCCAUUUCCUAUCCACGGCGGCUUCGCCCAUAUUGACGAUGUGGCCGAGAUCCACGUACGUGUGGCUCUUGAUGAGGCAUAUGCUGGCAAGGAUGUUGGCAUUGCAACAAAGGUGGACUAUGCCACUAUUUUCGACCAGAUCAAGGAUAAGUACCCUGAGGCUGUGAAGUCAGGGAUAUUCAAGAAGGGAGUAGUUCCUACACUGCCAGUCGAGUAUGACUCGAGUGAUGCGAAGGGUAUCCUAGGCGAGUUGAAGAGCUUUGAGGCUGCCGUGUCGGAUGUGGCUGCUCAAUACCUGGAACUGCUGGAGAAGAAAUGAUGGCCAGGUUGGCCUGAGGGUAGAUUGGCGGGGAGCACACGAGGCCAGAUCGUGACACAACGCACCCUAUGAAAUGAGAUAUGCAGCUCGUAAACUGGAAGACUACCAUUAAAAACCAAUUGAUUGCCUUCAAUGCUC